UCAACCUAGGAUGUCUGGCGAAGCCGCCAUUUCAAAACGCUUAGGAAUUAUAGGACCUGUUGGAAAAUUUCUAUACCUAUAUUUUUAUUUUUCUAAAAUAUUUUUAUUUUGACUAGCAAGUAGAACAUUUAAUACCCCUUUUUUUAAAGAAAUAUAUAUCUUGCCUGUACGACCAAUAGGGAUGGAUUCAGACCCUGAACAGAAUCCCAAAAUGUCUAAGAAUGAAUCCCAGAGAGGUUCAGGUGACUUCAAUUCCAGAGGACGAGGAUCCAAAGGCCGUGGUCGUGGGGGGCGUAUGGGCCGAGGCGGUAUGCGAGGGGGCCGAGGCGUAAUUAAAGCUUUUGGUCCACCAGGACGUGGGAGAGGCCGAGGGAAAGAUGGAGCCAUGAAUGGAUUUGGACCCAUCAGAGGAAUGGGGAGGAUGCGACCUUAUCCAGACCUCAGAGGUCAUCGUGGGAGGGGUGGACCAAUGGGGAUGGGUCCUCCACCUCCCCUCCCUCCCCCUCCUCCUCCACUUCCGCCCCCUAUGCACUUUCGAGCCCCCUUUCCACCCAUGCCAAGGCAUGGACCGCCUCCACUCUCACCUCCAUGUCACCCUGGUUUCAGAGGGCGCCCACCACACCCACGAGGCAGAGGCAUGCCACCACCUGGCCCUCCACGCCAUUUCCUCCCUCGCGGACCAAGAGGGGGGGCACACAGUACAGUUAACCUCCCUGGCCCCAGGAGCCCAGACCCUCCCUUACAUCCCUCCUCUCCUUCACCAGCAGCGUGACACCUGAGAAAACGCAACGCCUCAAUUGACAAGGUGAGCCUCGUCUUGUGUCUUUAAUGCCUCUUUGACAGAGAUUUUUUCUUUCAGGACAGAAGGCGCAACUAUAUUUGAGUUUCAUCACAUAUGGAAAGAUGCUGAAUAUUUAUGGGUUAAACUCUUCAGUGCUUCAGUGCCUUUUUUAAUGAAAUAAAAGAGGCAUCUCAGUAAAGAAAAGUGCACUGACGGCUUUAAACUUUAUGGAGCUGCACAAGAUAUCAAAUUCUGUUUGUCAUCUCAAUUAAAAUACAUAUCAGUGUGUGCAGUAUUGUAAUUACAAAAGGCUGUUUAGAUGUAAUAUUUGGAAUGGGUGUAUUUUAAGUGCCAUGCAUGCAAAUUCUGCAUUUCAGGAAAAUGUGGGUUGAUCGUGUGAAAAAAAUACUGGCAAUUAUAUGCUUUUCUGAUAUAUAUAAAGUUAACAUGAUCUACAAAGGUGACCCAUUCAAGAAAGAGCACCACUGCUAACUUGAUAAUUGAAACAGUCUGUUCAGAUGACCAUAUUGCACUUAUGUGCCACUGAAAAUAAGCAUUAAAAGUUAGGAAAGGUUUAUAUACACGUGUUCAUAAAUUCAGUAUAUCAUUUUUAUUAACUAGUUUUCAAAUUUAUCACAGCAAUAAUUCUGUAAAUUGCUGUAAUAAUGACUAACUGAGUAGAAGCUCUUUAACAAUUAAGAAUAAGAUUUUUUUGCAUGUUCUUAUUUGAAUUUGAUUUAUGUGUGAUUAUGAAAGGCUAUUGCUUCUCAGAAGAAAAUAAGUCUCUGGAGAUCAGACAUUGGUAUGUAAAAAUGCAUCACAAGUUGCCCAUUUCUGUCUGAUUACCGAGCAUCCUACAAACAGAAGACAAUUUAUUAUGCCUAAUCAAUUUUAGUUCAUUUUGACUGUAUAUGGGCCUAAAAAUCUUUUGAUACCUUAAAUGAUCUAACCUGUUAUCCAAACUAAAAAUGUUGACACUUUGCAUGUUUAACAUAGCUAAUAAGCAAGCUAUGUUUUAAUUAACUUAUGUAAUUUAUUUAAAGUGUGCAUGUUCUUUUUCAUUACUGCUAAAAGCUCCAUAUGUAGAACGUUGUACUGUGAUGUCGGUGUGCCAAGAAUUUAAUAAACACACACACA